GUGGGCGACAGUUAAGGGUUGCACAAAAACGUGGCGAACAGGAACAAAAAUAUAAAUUGCGUAUAUAUGGAUUGAAAUAUGUCCACAAAGCAAGUCACCUGCAGGUAUUUUCUUCAUGGCGUUUGUCGAGAAGGGAACAGGUGCAUGUUCUCUCACGAUCUGGCAAAUAGCAAACCAUCAACAAUAUGUAAAUUUUAUCAGAGAGGUGUAUGCGCUUAUGGCGACCGGUGUAGAUAUGACCACAUCAAACCAGGCGGGCGUGGAGGUGGACCUCCAGUGGACCACCCAAACAGAACCAGUAGUGCAGGAGCAUCCGUCCCAGGACCUGGACCUCCAUCUGCUACUGCCAGAAAUGCCAAGAAACCAUUGGUCUUGAAAGAUAGAGCGUUAGGAAGCGACGGUAGGAGCCUCGCUUACAGUGGGGAGAGCAUGCUGGAGUGCUGUGAGUACAGGGACAGCAGUUCCCAGCCCAAACAGCCACACACCUACCUGGAUGCCAUCCGCACAGGCCUGGAGGGCUCUGCCGCAGCCGGUCCCUAUCCCAGCCUGGCCCGCCAACCACUGCUCUGCCCGUAUGCUGCUGCCGGCCACUGUCACUACGGCAACACUUGUCCAUAUCUUCAUGGCGACAUGUGCGAGAUCUGUCGAUUGCAGGUCUUGCACCCACAUGACCCGGAGCAGAGGGCGGCACAUGAGAAGAUGUGCAUGAUGGCCUUCGAGAUGGACAUGGAGAAGGCAUUCGCCGUGCAGCAUAGCCAGGACAAGGUGUGCAGCAUCUGCAUGGAGGUGGUGUACGACAAAGCAGCCCCGUCUGAGCGCCGCUUCGGCAUCCUGUCCAGCUGCUGCCACACCUACUGCCUGAGCUGCAUCCGCCAGUGGCGUUGCGCAAAGCAGUUCGAGAACAAGAUCAUCAAGUCUUGUCCAGAAUGCCGAGUGGUGUCAGAGUUUGUUAUUCCCAGUGUGUACUGGGUGGAAGAUCAGGAGGAGAAGAACCGGCUCAUUGAGGAGUUCAAAUCCGGGGUUAGUAAGAAGCCCUGUAAGUACUUUGACCAGGGCAGGGGCACGUGUCCGUUUGGAGGAAAGUGUUUCUACAUGCAUGCCUACCCCGAUGGCACACGGGCCGAACCAGACAAACCUCGAAAGCAGCUCAGCUCUGAGGGCAAUGUCCGGUUCCUCAAUUCCGUUCGGCUGUGGGACUUCAUUGAGGAGCGUGAGCAUCGCGGUGUUCCACAUUACGACGAUGAGGUCAACGAACUGGGCGAGCUGUUCAUGCAGCUGUCAGCGGCUGGAGAGGAGGCCCACUGACCCCACCCACUGCCCUGCCCACUCACCCUCAAGCACCUGCUCAGAGCUACAGGCCCAGCUGAGGGGAAAUCAUGGGUUCAUGUCUUUGGUAACUGUGCGCAUUUUCUCAGCAAUAGAAAUGUACUCACCGGUAAAGCUUUUCCUGUUUAUGAUUUGAGGUGGUUUUCUAAGAAGAAGAAGAGGAGGAAGAAAAAUCUUUUUACCUGUGGUACAUUUUUGUGAAAUGACAAAUAGUAUAUGAAUAUGAAACUAUUUAAAGGCACCUGUAGUGUUUCUGUAAGCUGCUAUUCUUUCCUGAUGCGUGUUAGAAUCUUGCUGGUUUAAAAAGAUUUUUAAUGCGUUGGUAUGUCCAAAGAAAAUAUGUUUUGUGAAAAAAAGACUGGUGAAACCUCUGGCACAUCAUGAAUGCACUCAAGUAGUGUGUGUGUGAAGUAAGAAAUAUUGUGUAUUUAAAAUAAAUGCUGUAAUUGUUGCACUUAGGACAGUUUACAAAGACAACUUCGCUACUAUUUUUGGGAAACAUGAAAUAUUGGUGAAAAACAUUCAUUUUCUAGUUACCACUCAUUCCUUAUGUACAAACUUCAGUGUUUUUAUGACUGCUUAGAUAUGACAUCCCAACGAAUACAAAAAUAAGAAUAUUGAACCCUGUCCCAUCUUGUGUACAUUUGAAGGUACCUGAUAAGGGUAUAUUAUCCUGUUCUAUCCUGUCUUGUUGAGUGACAUUAGUGAGACUAAUAAAAUAGAGACAAAUAAGGUGUUUGAGUAACAAAGUAUUCUAACAUA